CGAGACGCCCUCGCUGCCCCCCGGGCAAGAUGGGAGACCCCUUCGGCCGCUGGAGCAGCCCCUCGGCCCGGAGCGACUACGACGACAGGUCCUCGUUCCGACCUUCCAACACCUUCGCCCGGCCCAGCGGGAAAAGCAUCUACAACCAGCGCAAGGACUACGGGCAGACCCUGCUCAAACCUCAGAACGACUUCCAGCACCACGUGGAGCACCUGCUGACGGUGCGCCUGGAGCGGGAUUUGCGCAGCCCCGAGGAUUGUUUGGGGCGGCUGAAGGCGUUGGAGGCGCAGGGGAGGAUUUGGGGACAGGACGUGAUCCUGCAGGUCAAGGACCAGCAGCUGGUGCUGAGCGAUGUGGAGAGCAAGGAGGAGCUGGAGUCAUUCCCGCUGGGAAGCGUCCAGGGCUGCACGGCCGGGCUGGAGAACGCGGUGCUGGCCGUGAGCGUGCAGGAUGGAGCCCCCGGGACCACCGUCCUGCUCUUCCAGUGCGAGAGACCCGGGGCAGAGGCGCUGAGGACCAGCCUGGAGAAGGUGCUGCGGCAGCGCAAGGAGGAGCAGAGGGGACACCCCGGCUACAGGAGCAGCCCGGACGUGCCGCCGAGCCGGCCCCCGUGCAGGGGCUCGGAGCCCCGGGCCCGAUUUCCACGUGCCCCCCCGCGUGGGCCGCCCCCAGCGUGGGCCGCCCCCAGCGUGGGCUGCCCCGCCAGGACUACAAUGCUCGGCCCAGCCCCAGCCCAGCCCAUGUCCGAGGUGGACCGAGACGUUGAGGUUCUGAACCACGUCCUGAGGGACGUGGAGCUCUUCGUGGCCCAGCUGAGGAUGUCCCUGGGCUCCCUCAGCCAGAAGAAGAAGAAGAAGAAGAAGAAGAACCCGGGUAGGAGGGAGGGAGCGGCCUUCACGGAUUUCUUCCAGAAGGUGAAAUGCCUGAACCUCUUGGGCCGGACCCACCGGCACGUGCAGGACCCCAACCCCGCCGAGCUGCUGCGGCUCCUCUUCUCAGCCCUGACCUUCGUGCUGUCCCAGUGCCCCAGCCCCGGCCUGGCCCCCUCGGUGGAGUCCCCGCUGCUGCUGCCGGAGGCGCUGGAAUUCCUGGAGCAGACCCUGGGAGAUGACGAUUACGGCACCUGGAAGAGCCUCGGCACCGCUUGGAACAGGGCCAGGGCCGAGUACCCCAACGCCGCCCUGGUGCCCGGCUACAUCCCGGUGUUCUCGGAUGGGUGGCUGCCCCCCCCGCUGGAGCAGGAGCGGCACGGGGGACUCCAGGACCCCCCAGCCCCCUCCCCAGGUCCCUCAGCUCUCCCGCGCCCCCAUUCCUGCCCGCGCCCCGCUGCCGCCCCCCCAGACCCUGCCCAGGGGCUGUUCCGAGCCCUCUACGACUUCCAGGCUCGGAAUUCCCAGGAGUUGAGUGUCAGGAAGGGGGACAAGCUGCAGGUCCUGAGCCAGCAGAAGAAGUGGUGGCUGGUGCAGGACGAGCGCGGGGACCGGGGACACGUCCCCGGCAACAUCCUGGAGCCCCUCCCGGGGCCGGAGCGCAGCCCCAGCGCCGGCCAGGACAGCCCCCCCACCCUGCGCCCCGACUCGUCUCCGGCGGAGGUGACGGCCUGGCUGACGGACAAGGGCUUCUCGCGGCUCACGGUGCGGACCCUGGGGGUGCUGCGGGGGCAGGAGCUGCUGCAGAUGAGCCCCGAGGAGCUGCGGGGCGUCUGCCCCGAGGAGUGGAGGAGGGUCCUCUUCAAGCUGUCGGCCGCCAGGACAUCCCUGGGGGUGAGGGACCACCCCCAGCCCUGA